AUGUUUCCAGUAAAUAUUGUUGCAAGACCAGGAAGGCUGUUAUUUAGUAAAAGUCGUAGCAAGAAGUCCAGUUCAUUGGAAAAUGCAGCAAUUGAGAUGACCAAUGGAAACAAUUCCAAUUCGAAUCUUAGAUCUGGAUAUGAAGGAAAGCCUGAUGUAGAAGAUGCAAUUCUUAGAAAGAACAACGAAGUUUUAGUACCUCAGUUUUCAACCUCGGUUAUCACCGCUGAGAUUUCGAAUAAUGAAAAUGAUGUUUUACUGCUAGAUAAAGAUAAAGAGUUUCCGGAUGGAGGAAUGCAAGCCUGGCUUGCAGUGCUUGGGUCAUUUGUUGGUCUUAUACCUGUGUUUGGGCUGAUGAAUUCGAUUGGUGCGAUCGAAUCGUAUAUAUCGAAGAAUCAGUUAGCAAAUGUUGCACCAUCUACUAUUUCAUGGAUUUUCUCGCUUUACCUGUCGAUUUCGUUCUUCAGCUGUAUCUUGGCUGGUGGUUACUUCGACAGAAAUGGUAGCAGAAUGCCUCUGUGCAUUGGGACAAUUGCGUAUGUAGGUGGUGUUAUGGCAUUGGCUAACUGUAGCACUGUUUGGCAGUUUAUAUUAUCUUUCUCAGUAUUAACCGGUACUGGCAGUGGUAUACUAAUGACACCAUUGGUUAGUAUAGUAGCUACUUGGUUUUUCAAAAAACGGGCCACUGCUACAAGUAUUGCGACAAUGGGUGGAUCUGUUGGUGGCAUUAUUUUUCCUGUGAUGCUGCGAAAUCUAUAUGUCGAGGUUGGGUUUCAGUGGGCGAUACGAAUAUUAGGAUUUAUAUGUCUUUCCUGCUUACUGGUAUCAAUUCUGUUGGCUCGUGAAAAGGAAAUACCAGUUGCUCAACCGUUCAACUCAAAGAGGGAAUUGCUUGCAUGGUAUCUUUCGUCAUCCUUCAACUGGAGGUACUACUUGGAGCGGAAUUUUUUUUUGGUAGCACUUGGGGUUGCUCUUGAAGAAUCAUCUUUGACCACCUCCGCGACGUAUUUGGGUUCUUACGCCCUGAUGAGAGGUAAUAAUGAAACAAUCGCUUAUGCCUUGAUUACCGUAACGAAUGCUGUGGGGAUUCUAGGUAGGUACAUUCCAGGCUACGUGGCAGACAGAUACAUGGGCAGAUUCAACAUUGUUAUUCUGACCGUUUCCAUAGCAGCAUUGUCUGACUUUAUUAUUUGGUUACCUUUUGGCGGGCACAUCGGUGCCUUGUGGGCCUAUGUCUGCGUGUAUGGAUUCUCAACAGGCUCCAUUCUUUCCCUUACUCCUGUAUGCAUAGGGCAAAUAUCAAAAACAGAAGAUUUCGGCAAGAGGUACUCAACGGCAUACUGUCUACAGGCACUACUUACGCUAGCAGUACUGCCUAUCGGUGGUUCCAUCAUUGGUGGUGGUUCGGUUUCGGAGUAUAAUAAAUUCAUCGCAUACGUUUCUACAUUAAUGGCCGCAGGCGCAAUUUGCUUCUUAAUGGUACGAUACUACUGUGUUGGCAUUGGAAUGCGUAAAUUUUAA